CGGGCUUCACAAGAGUGUUUGCUUUUAGACAUUUUUUUAGGACUAGAGUUUCCAAAAUCUUGAUUCUGGUCAAAGAUAUUGGUCUGCCUUUAAUUCUAAACCUUAUAUAUAUUAUAUUUAAAUAUACAUGAGAGAGAGUGUGUGUGUGUUUUUGUCUUAGAAAGAGAUUCAUAAGUUUUCUUCUCACUCUUUUAUCAAAGAUUUGAUUCUAUAAGGUUUGUGAAAUAUAUUUUCUAGAUAGAGAGAUUGAAUGAAAGAAGGGUUUAUGGGUAAGAAACCUCAGAAAACAAAGGAAGUUUGGGCAGCAAUAGCUGAAGCGUCAACAACAAUAGAUGAUGAACAGCAACAACAACAACAACCUCAAACUAGUCGAAAAAGAGGUAGACCUCGUAAGAUUGUUGUGAAAAUGGAAAGUUCGGAGGAAGUUAAAGAAGAAGAAGACAAGAAUGAAGAAACAAAAGGUUCAUCAGAAACAGAAACAGAAACAGAAACAUGCAUGGUUAGAAAAGAAGAAGAGAUUGAAGUUCCGAAAGGUGUGGUUUCUUAUAGAAGCAGCAGAGCUAGGCGUAAAAGCAAACCUACAAAGAGUAGUCACUAAAUUUAUUUAUGCUUUUUUUUCUUCCAUCAACAAAUUAUUGGUUACUUCAUUUCUCAAUCUUUUAGAGGGAUUUAUAUUUAAACUCAUUGUUAUUAUUAUUAUUAUUAUUGCUAUUAGUUUCAAAAGAAACUCUUUCACUUCAUGUUGUUUAGUUUAAUUUUGUGCUUAUAAUAAUUAAUUGUUUUUAAUCUAA